AGAGAGCGCUUUUGUAGACGAAAAGAUCGAUUGGGAAGCUGUUUUGUUUUUGUAUUAAUUUAGAUGUUUCUUUAAUGAUUAUUUAGGUUUUAAUAGCCAAACUCUGUUACAGUGUUGAUAAUUAUAUUUAGUUGAAUUAUCUAAGCCGAUUAAGAUAUAAAGGUAAAAUGGCAUUUAUGAACGUAGCAAACUAUUUGCAAAUUAUAGAAAGGGCGUGGAGGUCCUGUAACGGUCAAACUUUAUCUAUUUUUCUCUCAAUUCGACAUGAUCAUGCAAAACUCAAGAACUACCACAUCGAGAGCCCUGAGAACAUAGUUGAGAAGUUUUUACCGGCCCCUAUCGAUGAACUUGUCGUAUAUCAUUUAAAGUGUUUGUAUUCAAUGGGUAUAGGAGACUUUUUGACUGCUUAUCAAUUACAGAGCGCGCUUGUUCAAGCGUUUACAAAGAUUUUACAGGCACAAAAGGACGAGAAUUGGUCAUUGCCUAUUAUGUACACGAUAUCCUCUGAUUUAAGAGUUAUAGCUCAACAGGCUGAGAACCAAAGGGUGGGUGUCAAUGAUAAACCAGGCGAAUAUUUGGAGAAAGCAGCAGAAUGUCUUAUGGGAUGUUUUCGAAUAUGUGCAGCAGAUAAUCGUACAGAUGACAGAGACACCAAAAGAAAAGGAAUGAUGGCCUUAGUUAACCAACUGUUUAAAGUAUAUUUUAGGAUUAAUAAACUGCAUUUAUGUAAACCUUUAAUUAGGGCUAUCGAAUCCAGUCCUUUCAAAGACACAUUUUCACUAAGUCAACAAAUUACUUACAGGUAUUUUGUUGGUCGGAAGGCUAUGUUUGAUAGUGACUAUAAGGCUGCCGAUAAAUAUUUAAGCUAUGCCUUCGAAAAUUGUCAUAAGUUAUCAAGGAAAAAUAAAAGAUUAAUUUUAAUAUAUCUUGUGCCAGUUAAAAUGCUUUUAGGAUAUACUCCAAAUAGAGUUGUUCUGGAAAAGUAUAAUGUUCUGGAAUUUUGGGACUUAGUUCAAGCAGUGUGCCAAGGAAAUCUAAAGUGGUUUGAUGAAAUCAUGGAGAAACAUGAGAUAUUUUUCAUUCAUUGUGGUAUUUACUUGAUAGUAGAUAAACUGAAGAUUGUAGCUUACAGGAAUCUGUUUAAGAAAGUGUAUUUGAUUCUGAACACUCAUCAAAUACCGGUAGAAUCAUUACAGACUGCUCUGGAGUUUUUAGGACAAGAUGUAGAUUUAGAUGAGACACAGUGUAUUGUGGCUAAUUUAAUAAAUGAAGGGAAAAUUAAAGGUUAUAUAUCGCAUCAGCAUAGAAAAGUGGUUGUGAGCAAACAAAAUCCAUUUCCACCAUUGACAAGCACUUAGAAUUAUCAAAUUUGUUACUUUUUAUAAUUUAAUGUCUUUUUAUUAUUUAAAAAUUCUGUAUAUACUUUUUUCAAUAAAAUGAGUUUUUAAAGUA